AUGCCUUUAAAUGAUUUGCCUCAUAGCCAAAUUGUUACUCCUUCUUCGGUGAGAGUAAAGUUGAAUCCUGCAUUUACUCCACUUGAGCUUCGUACGACAUCGACUGUUAAGCCCGAAACAUGUUAUGAUAAGGCCAGAGCGAUGUUACAACUUGAAGAGGUGCCCGAUCAUUUGCCCUGUCGUGAGGAGGAGUACAAGCAGAUUUAUGACAAGGUAAAAUCUGCAAUCGAAGAAUUUUCAGGACAUCGAAUUUGUGAGUUAUUAUUUGUCAGAAAAACGGCAACCGUACGACAAGUUAUAAAAAAUCUACAAAAAAAAGUCAAACAAAAGGAACUACAUCCCUUCGAGUUUGUUGAAAUUAAUGGAAUGGAAAUGAAACCUCCAGAGAAAGCCUACUCUGCUUUAUGGAAAGCUUUAACGGGAGAUGGCAUAGCUGUUAAAGCUGCUGAAGACUUAUUAUGCAAAACUUUUAAUGAACCAUCACAGCGAAAUCCAAUUGUGUUAAUGAUUGAUGAAUUUGAUGUCAUGGUUACUAAAACGAACAGAGUGAUUUAUAACUUUUUGGAGUGGACAACUUUACAAGAUUCGUAUCUUAUUGUUAUUGCCUUAACUAAUAGGAUUGACCUGCCCGUUACAAUGUUGUCAGCCAGAAGUGAAAGUCGAAUAGGUUUGGAUAGAUUGACUUUCGCACCAUAUACACACACGGAAUUAUAUACUAUAGUAAAAUCACGACUUGAAGGAAUUGAAUUGUUUGAAAAUAAUGCUAUUGAAUUUGUGGCAAGGAAAGUCAGUUCUAUCUCACAAGAUGCAAGGAAUGCUUUAUGUAUUUGCAGGCGUGCUAUAGGAAUCCUUGAAUUUUUAGCAAAGACAAAUGAUGAAGCAAACAAUAAGGUUACCAUCGACAUAGUUAAAGAGGCCAUAAAAAAAACGAAUACCCCGUGGUCGAAAUACAUCAGAAAAUGUUCUUUUCGUGCGAAAAUGUUUCUAUGCACCUUAUUGCUAUUGCGGAGGGAUGGAAAUCAUGAGAUUGAAUUUAAAGAUAUAAUCGGUAAAUAUACCAAAAUAUGUAGGAUAAAAGGUAUUCAAAUACCAACAUGUACUGAGCUGUCGAAUAUAGCAUACGAUCUCGCGUCGUCUUCAAUUGUGUCGAUGGAUCCGAGUAAAGAUAUUUAUGCACAAAUUAAGUUCAAUGGUAACGAAGAAGAUGUGAACAUGGUGUUGAGUGAUGACAUAUUCUUUCGAGAUCUUGUUAGAUGCUAA